AUGAAGCUCUACUUGACCAAAAUUCAAGGUAUGCAAAAAACUUUUAAAAGGUUUUGCAUUGUUAAAAUCCCAAGAGAAGAGAAUGAGAAGGCAGACCAUUUAGCCCGUUUAGGCUCUUCAACCGAGAAUGAAUUGGGGAAUUCCGACCAGAUAAUACAAAUUCAACAACAACCUUCCAUCGUUGAGAAGGUUUGUAUUUUAACUAUCGAAGUCAUCCCUGCUUGGGCUGGAGAGAUUGUUAGCUAUCUCGAAAAGGGAAUUCUGCCAAGAGACAAGAGGAAAGCGGUGCAGUUGAAACAAAAGGCUACUCGGUUUAUCCUGGUCAACGGAGCUCUUUUUAAAAGAGGUUUUAUGUUACCUCUCCUUAAAUGCAUUUCUAAAGAAGAUGGUGAUUAUAUGCUUUGGGAGAUUCAUGAAGGAAUCUGUGGCAGUCACUCGGGAUCCCGCAUUUUGGCACACAAAGCGGUAAGAGCAGGAUUCUUUUCGCCGAGUAUGAACCAGGAUUCCAUAAACAUGGUCAAAACUUGUGACAGUUGUCAGCACUUUGCCAACAUUAUCAAGCAACCUCCCGAAGAACUUAGCUCGUGGGCAGAAGCUGAAGCUCUGGUGAAUAUUAUUGCAAAUAACAUCGAGAAAUUUCUUUGGAAAAGUGUCAUUUGUCGGUAUGGGAUUCCCCAUGCCAUUGUCACGGAUAAUGGUAAACAGUUUGACUGUGAGUCUUUUCGAGAUUGGUGUGCCGGACUUCAUGUUCGGCAAUACUUUUCAUCCCCGGGACAUCCUCAAGCAAAUGGACAAGUAGAGGCGACUAACAAAACCAUAUUCAAAAUCCUAAAGAAGAAGCUCGAUCAGCACAAAUGGGGAUGGGCAGAAAGUCUUCCCGAAGUUCUAUGGGCAUACCGCACCACCAAAAGAACCCCAACUGAGGAAACUCCUUUCGCCUUGGCCUACGAAACCAAGUGUGUCAUUCCCGCAGAGGUCGGAUCGGGGAGUUUUCGAGUGGACACGUUCAACUCCAAUCGCAACGGCGAAGGUUUGAAACUACACUUGGACUUGCUGCAGGAGAAACAAGAUCAGGCUCAAGUCACAAUGGCCGCAUACCAGCAGAGAGUUGCUCGGUAUUUCAACUGA